CGCGCGCGCGCGAGGGCGGGAAUCCUAGAAGGGCCGCGGGCGGUGGCUGUGACAGUUGCGGUCGCCGCGCGAGGACUGGCGGAGCCGUGCGCUGAGGAGAAGGUCUGAAGGAAAGAAGCGUUGUUGCUGGGUCGGCUGCGAGCGCGAUGCAGACGCUGAAGCAGAAGCAUCACCCCUUCUGCUUCAGCGUGAAAGGCCAAGUGAAGAUGCUGCGGCUGGCACUAACUGUGACAUCUAUGGCUUUUUUUAUCAUUGCACAAGCCCCUGAACCGUACAUUGUCAUCACUGGAUUUGAAGUCGCUGUUAUUUUCUUUUUCAUAAUUUUAUAUAUGCUGAGACUGGAUCGAUUAAUAGACUGUUUGUUUUGGCCUUUGCUUGAUAUUAUCAACUCAAUGGUAACAGCAGUAUUCAUGAUAAUCAUAUCUGUGUUGGCACUGAUACCAGAAACUACAACAUUUAUAGUCCUUGGAGGGGUGUUUGGACUCCUGGCAGCAGUGUGCUGUAUUGCCGACGGGGCCCUCAUUUACCGGAAACUUCUAUUUAAUCCAAGUGGUCCUUAUCAAAAAAAACCUAUUCAUGACAAAAUGUAAGUUUUGUGAUUUUAUAUUACUUUUUAGUUGAUGCUAAGUAUUAAAUAUAUUUCUUUAUUCUUUCA